UUCCUCUCUCAGACUUCCCUCAUGCCGUGUGCACAGUUUACAACAUGAGAGUCGCGUGCCUCUCGUCGCGCCGAAUCUUUGCGUCUUUGUUUCUUUCGGCUUUUUUGUUUUGGUACCUUCUACCCGUAAAGAAACACCAAGCACGUCCCAUCUCAUCCGCUCGACUGCAGCAAGAAUCCCCAUUACUCUACAAACAUGUGCACAAUUUCAAUGGAACUGGUGGUGCAUGGUACAUCCCACCGCAUUGGUUACCGAACUCAGAUGUCCAACCGGAGAACAUUUUGGACGCGGUCUUGUUGGCAUCUCAAGCCGCCACUGCCAACAAAGGGCAUAUGAUGGAUAAUUCAGCAAUCCCUCUGAUUCUGCAUCAGACAUGGAAGAAUCGCCGUGUCGACCAAUGGACAGACUUCCUCCGCAACAGUGUGGAGAAAUGGCUGACACAUGUGGUCAACGAUGACAUGGCCUAUUUCUUUUGGGAUGAUGAAGGCAUCGCGCAGUUCCUGACUGAAUUCGAACCCGACUUCGUGGGCAGCUUCCUUCAUCUACCAGCCAAUGUUGAGCGAACAGAUGUCUUCCGCAUUUUGGUAGUAAAGUGGUUUGGCGGGAUUUAUGCCGACGUAGACACUCAACCCCUACGCCCACCAAAGUCAUGGAUCUCGCCAACCGACGUGGAAGCAUGGACUGACCCCGUCACCGAAACCAACUUCUCAUCUAAAAGUCCGGUUAGCCUGAUUUUCGGCAUCGAAGCCGAUUGCCCUCCUGAAUCCGACGCUUACUGGCGUAUGGGCUACACUUAUCCCGUCCAACUCACGCAAUGGGCGCUGGCAUCCGCCACAGCACACCCUGUUCUCCUGCGCUUCAUGGAUAUUCUCACCCAGCGCUUGGCCGAUGUCGCUACCCAGAAUGGCGGAUCCAUCACAACGCCAGCAGCUGUCGAACAGCUUCGAUUCAUGGGCCCACUUACGCUUACGGGACCCGAAGCGGUAACCGUCGCGACACAAUCUUGGCUCGAGCAGCAAGCCGGUCUACGCUGGAAUGCGCUUACAGGUCUACACGACGGCGGUCGGAGUAAACUCGUCGAAGAUGUUCUUAUCCUUCCCAUCACCGGCUUCAGCCCUGGUCGUCGACAGUACGGUAACAUGGGCUCGAAACCAGUCACUGAUCCUGCCGCGAGAGUAUGGCAUCGUGCCCAAGGGAGCUGGCGCUCGUUCAAUCCCAAGGCUGAGUUUGGUAAAUUUUGUCGCACCGUGUUUGGAAUGUGUAAAGAUUGGUCGAAAGGGCAGGAUUAGGAUGGACACACGUUCGAGGUCUGCAUGAUAUGCUUUGAUGCGGUCGACACGAAAUGCCUCAGACCGCACGCCUGUGCUCUACACUACCACGGGACGAUGCCGCCAAGAGGGGGCGAGGACAUUGAGAUCUAGGCAUAUGUGUCUUCUGCCCUCAUAGUUCUGACAUGCGUCGCCACGCUACAAUGAGGGUUGGCCACUUGAAGUGCGUGCUGGAAAUGCGUGCGUACUGGCAGCGGGGAAAGUGGUUUUCAAGAGCGGGGGCAGUUGCACAGAAUAUGGACUCGGCCGCGUGAAAUGCCGCAGAGAAAGAAAUGCAGGACAAGGGUCAAGCGCCUUCCUUGAACGAGGGACAGUUUCUCCGAAUCGAUGGUGCAAGCCGACGGGACGGUAACGAUGCGAUGUGCGCGACCAAAUUGAUCGGCGCAGAUCAGAUAAGGGUGGACUUACUUCGAUACGCCCUGCGGUACAGGUACGGAUACGGAUAGAUACCCUGCUCGGGGAUAGUCUGUCGAUGUCGAGUACUCGCAUGCCAGAAAAGAAGAAAAGAAGAAAAGACGGAAAAAGAAGACGGGCGCGCGUAGGCGCAAGCAGAACAGCACGACACCUCGUGUUGUUAUUGACCCUGUCGAAGGACAUAUCAUCCAACUUCUCCUCCGUACUCAAGCUGUAGAUUGACCACGAGAAGCAAUGAUGACACGAUAGCUUAUGUUGAAUGGGGGAAAUUUGGUGCUCUCUUACGG